UCUAUAACAAUUGUUGUUGCAUAUAAUUUUUGCUAGUUUAUAAUGGAAGAUGUUUUAUAGGCACUGAUUGUGCUAAGGACAGCCACCAGGGGACAAGAGUAAAAUCUUAAGCAAUAAAAAAAAAUAUCUGUAAUGGCAUGAUCCAAGCUUUUUGAAAAAUCUCUCUGCUAACGAUAAAGGCAAUAUGAGUAGUUUAGGUUUCUUCACCCAAUAGUUUAAAGCAUUAGCUAGAUAAGAAUGGAGUUAUACUCACCAAAACAGCCUGUUUAUUAAUAUUUUUUUCAUGAAGAGUAAAAACCAAAUAAAUAAUAUGUUAUUGGACUCUGUCGAACUUAUCACUUCUUCUUUUUCUAAACAAGACUACUUCACAAUCUUUGAUUCCAAAAAUAGUAGUGAUUUGAUAUAAAGAAAGAGUCAAUGGUCCAUGAAAACGAAGUUUUAGCACUAAAAAGUGGGUCUAGCUCCUCCUCCUCUCUCAAGAGUUAUAAAAGUGCGUUUGAGAAGGAAGUUUGUGAUUGUUUUUGUUUGUGUGUGCGAGAAAGAGAUAUGAACGACGCAGAUGUGUCAAAGCAGAUACAACAGAUGGUCCGGUUCAUCCGGCAAGAGGCUGACGAGAAAGCUAACGAGAUCUCAAUCUCUGCUGAGGAGGAAUUCAACAUAGAGAAACUUCAGCUUCUUGAAAAUGCCAAGCGUAAGCUCCGUCAAGAUUAUGACCGCAAGCUCAAGCAGGUCGAUAUCCGCAAGCGCAUCGACUACUCGACGCAGCUGAAUGCAAGUAGGAUUAAGUACCUUCAAGCACAAGAUGACGUUGUCACCUCCAUGAAAGACUCUGCGGCUAAGGAUCUCCUUCGUGUUUCCAACGACAAGAACGCAUACAAGAAACUUCUCAAGGCUCUCAUCGUUGAGAGUUUGCUGCGGCUGAAAGAGCCAUCAGUGCUGCUGAGAUGCAGAGAGAUGGACAAGAGGGUUGUUGAAUCCAUCAUUGACGAUGCUAAGAGACAGUAUGCAGACAAAGCCAAAGUCGGGUCUCCUAAGAUCACAAUUGACGAAAAAGUGUUCCUCCCUCCACCUCCUAACCCUAAGCUCCCUGACUCCCAUGACCCUCACUGCUCGGGCGGGGUGGUGCUGGCUUCUCAAGAUGGAAAGAUUGUCUGCGAGAACACUUUAGACGCACGUCUAGACGUUGCCUUCAGACAGAAGCUUCCCCAGAUCCGGACACGCCUCGUUGGAGCUCCUGAAAUCUCAAGAGCAUGA